UAAAUAUCUACACCAGAGGGUGGAGUGGAAUGCCUUCCAGAAAUGUGUUCCUGAAAUCACAGUUACACCUUCUUGAAAACAAAUAGUACUGUUUUAAAUACUGUCGCUGCGUAACAUAUCACACCAAAAUUUAGAGGAUUAUGACAGUAAACAGGUACUAAGAAUGAAAGCAAACAAGAAGAGAUUGUGUCUAAUGGCUUUCAGUAUUUACUGACAUAUUGCUUAUGAUGGCAUCUGAGGCUGAGAAGACUCAUGCCUUACUCCAGUCUUGUAGCGCUGAAUCUCUUCUCUCCAGCUUUGGUCUGGGGAUAUUUUGCCUAGUAGCUGAAAGACUUCUUCAGUUUCCCGUAAUUCAGCGAAGUGACUGGCUCCGCGCCCUGUCGGAUAAUGCAGUACAUUGCGUCAUUGGGAUGUGGUCAUGGGCAAUAGUCAUUGGAGUGAAGAAGAAGACUGACUUUGGAGAAGUAAUUUUAGCUGGAAUUUUGGCCUCUGUUAUCGAUUUAGACCACUUUUUUGUAGCUAGAUCCUUCUCUUUAAAGGCUGCUCUGACUCUUCCACGAAGACCCUUCCUUCACUGUUCCACUGUGAUUCCUGUUGUGGCUCUGACCCUGAAGUUUGCUAUGCAUCUUUUCAAGCUCAGAGACUCAUGGUGCUUUCUUCCCUGGAUGUUAUUUAUAUCUUGGACCUCACAUCAUAUACGAGAUGGAAUUCGUCAUGGCUUAUGGAUAUGCCCAUUUGGAAAGACUUCUCCUGUGCCAUUCUGGCUUUAUAUAAUAAUCACAUCAUCUUUACCUCAUGUCUGUUCAUUCAUUAUGUAUCUAACAGGGACCAGACAAAAGCUGUCUUCAAAAUAUGGAAUUCGUAUUGAUGUCUGAAGUAACUGUAUGACUCUUGGAGAAGCACAUGUUUCAGGGAUGAUAAUAAAGGGUAGACACAUUACAACAAAUUUUUAAAAUCAAAGUUAGUUAUAUUUUUGAUUUUUAUGAUUCCUGAUUCCUCGUGGCUCAGGAAACAGGUGUAAUUUUUAAAUUAUACUUGUUACACAUCUACUUCUCUUCUGUGUCACUCUGGUACAGUAUUAGACUUUCACUUAUUCUAUGACAUAUUUUCAUUACUAUUUGUGUUUAACUGGUGUUACUAAUAACAUAGUUAUUAGUAUUAGUAUUUGUUAGAUUAGCAUCCAGUUAGUUGUCUGGGGACAUACAUGGAAGUCCAUUUCCUGAUGAAAAGCUCAAAUUUUAGUAUGUAUAAUUUAUCGAAAAUUAGUGCUGUAUUGUAUCCACAUUUUUAUGACACAUGAAACAGUAAAAUGGCCAACGUAACAGAAAUCAUAAAUAAGAUGUAUAGUAAGGGCUAACAUAUAUUCGUUUAAUUUAUAUUGAUCCUGACUGAAUUUAAUUUGCAAAGUACUUCAUGGGUUACUGACAAAAUCUACAUCAGAGUACUUGCAAAGUAUAUUCAUAAAAUAUUGUAAUCAACAUUAGUUCUAGGUUAUGAUUCCAAAAAUCAAUUUAGGAAAUGAUUAUAAUGUUGGCUAUAGCUAAUUUUACUGAAGUUGCAUUUUUUAAGUAUCUUUGCCCAAGAACUUCAUGUUGGUGUUUUAACUUUUAAAAAAUAAAUUUAAAAAAAUAUUUUUUACAAAUAGCAUUAACAAAAUAUUGAUACUUGAACUUGAGUUCACACAAAAAGUAAUGAUCAGUAAUAUCAUUUGAAAUGUAAACUCCAGAUUGUGCCAUUGAAACUGUUUUAGUUGCUGUUAGUUUGUUUACAUUGUUCUAAAAUAUUGUACCAGUUAAGUCAUUUUUAAAAGUCCUCCUCAUACUGAGAUACAAAGCAUAUUUUUUUCAAAAUAGUUAGAAUUAGGAAAAAGUCUUUGUUUUUUCCCUUGUUCUUUCAGAUUGACCACCUGUUAAAAUAAUUAAACUUUAUUAGACAAGGAAAAGUAAAUUGCUGUAAACUACAAGUUCUUUGUCACUCUGGUACUGAAGUCAGUGCCCUAAGCGCCUGGCCAUUUGUUGUCUUCAGAUUUUCUGACAGGUCUGUGGUUUACAAUGCUAGUGACUGUAUUCCUUCUUCCUUAAGAAGUGAUGAUGGAUGGUUCCAGAAGCAGUGCCUUACCCAGCACAGAUUCUUCUUACACAUUAAGGUAAGCAGAGUUCUAGGGCUGGGGAUACAGCUCAGUGGCACACUGCCUGCCUGGCAAGGAUCAGGUCUUGAGUUUGAUUACUAGUACCAAAAAAACCCUCACAAUUAAACAGUUCUAUACAUUGUUAGGAAGAUUCAAGUUCUUUAGAGAAUUAUCUUUAUUUUUACUGUUAAAUUGAUUACAAUCAGUUAUGGAUUAGUUAAAUAUUAGAAUCUCAGUUUUCUUUUUUUUUUCUUUUUUUCUUUUUUUUGGUACCCGGGAUUGAACUCACACCCUUGUGCUUGCCAAGCAGGCACUUUGCCUCUGAGCUAAAUCCCAGGCCCCUAAUCUCAGUUUUCAAGAGUGGUAAUUAUAUAAUUCUGGUUAAUAUAGUAGUAAAAAAUUAUAUAAUGGAGGCAAAUUUAAUUAGAAAAUUUUUGAAGCAUCUGAUUUAACAAGUUCAUAAAAAUAAAUUCAAUGUCUUGUGUAACUUUGGGGGGGGGGUGGUACCAGGCAGGUGCUUAUGUAGUUCAGGCUGGCCUCAAACUCACAACCACAGACGUGCCAGGCAGGUGCUUAUGCCUGGCCCUUGUGUAACUUUUUUGAAGUUACAAAACCUUUUUCUAAAGCCAGUGUGGUGGCACACGCCUGUAAUCCCAGCUGAGGCAGAAAAGAUCGCUGUGAAUUUGAGGCCAACCUGAACUACAUAGUGAGACCCUGUGUCAAGUCAAAAAAGAAACAAAAGCUCCACCUUUUUUCUAUUUUUUUCUUUCUCCAAACAAAAGAAUAAUGUUCAAACAGAGGGCCACAUUGGCAUUUUGGGGGUUGUCCAACUUUCCUUUAGUAGAGUAGAAAUUUACUUUUACUGUAACUACUGGUUGAAACAGUAAUUACAAACUUUAUGUGUGAGUUUAUCUCAGUUCCUACCUUAACUGUGUUCCCUUGAAAGCUGUGCUUGGAACAUCUAGUAAACCAGUAACCAACAUCCUAUGCCACUACUUUGUUUUUGCUCACAGUAAAACAUCAUUAUGUAUCCAUGCAACGUAA